AUGGUGAAUACCGGUUUCCUUCAAUUUAUUGCAAUUCUAUGCCUUCUAAUGCAGGGAAUUGUUCAAUGCAACGGAGGGUUAAACUCUCAGUUCAUAGCAAGUGAAGCAGAGGCUCUUCUUGAGUUCAAGGAAGGCUUGAAAGACCCUUCAAAUGUUCUAUCUUCAUGGAAACAUGGAAAUGAUUGUUGCCAUUGGAAAGGAGUAGGAUGUAACACAACCACAGGUCAUGUUAUUUCCCUUGAUCUCUAUUGCUCUAAUUCCUUAGAUAAACUUCAGGGUCAUGUAAGUUCAGCAUUGCUACAAUUGCCAUAUUUAAGUUAUUUGAACCUAACUGGCAAUGAUUUCAUGCAAUCUAGAGUGCCUGACUUUCUUGGUAAUAUGCAAAAUUUAAAACAUCUUGACCUAUCUCAUGCCAAUUUUAAGGGCAACCUCUCUGAUAAUCUUGUAAACCUGUCUCUACUUGAAUCACUUGAUUUGAGUGGCAAUGCUUUCUAUGUCAAUAAUCUAAAAUGGCUUCAAGGACUUUCUUCCAUGAAAAUUCUCGAUUUAAGUGGUGUUGAUCUUAGUAGUUGUGAAAAUGAUUGGUUUCAUGAUAUAAGAGCAAUACUUCAUUCUCUUGAAACAUUGCGUUUAUCGGGUUGCCAACUUCACAAACUACCUACAUCUCCUCCACCUGAAGUGAAUUUUGAUUCUCUUGUAACUCUUGAUCUGUCUAUCAAUUAUUUCAAUAGUACCCCUGAUUGGUUGUUUGAAAAGUGUCAUCACCUUCAAAAUCUUAAUCUCUCAUUGAAUAAUUUACAAGGUCUUAUACCAUAUUCAAUUGUGAGAUUAACAACUCUUGAAAUACUUGAUCUGUCAAAAAAUAGUCUCAUUGGUUCAAUACCAAAUUUCUUUGACUGGCUAGUGAAUCUUGUAGCACUUGAUCUAUCAUAUAAUAUGCUCAGUGGCUCAAUACCUUCCACAUUGGGACAAGAUCAUGGCCUAAAUAAUUUGAAAGAAUUGCAUCUUUCUAUUAAUCAACUAAACGGAUCAUUGGAAAGAAGCAUUCACCAGUUAUCAAGUUUGGUUGUGUUGAACUUAGCUGUAAACAAUAUGGAGGGAAUUAUCAGUGAUGUUCAUCUUGCAAACUUUAGCAACCUCAAAGUGUUGGACCUAUCUUUUAAUGAUGUAACUUUGAACAUGAGCAAAAAUUGGAUCCCUCCUUUCCAACUUGAAAAUAUAGGUUUGGCGAAAUGUCAUUUGGGCCCUCAAUUUCCAAAAUGGAUUCAAACGCAGAAGAAUUUUUCCCAUAUUGAUAUAUCAAAUGCAGGUGUCUUUGAUAUUGUACCAAAUUGGUUUUGGGAUUUGUUGCCUAGUGUUGAGCAUAUGAACCUCUCUUACAAUGGGCUGAGAAGUUGUGGACAUGAUUUUUCACAAAAAUUCAAACUUAAAACACUUGAUUUGAGCAACAAUAAUUUCUCAUGUGCCUUGCCUCGUUUGCCUCCUAACUCGAGACAUUUGGAUUUGUCCAACAAUUUAUUUUAUGGAACAAUUUCACAUGUAUGUGAGAUUUUGUGUUUCAAUAACUCAUUGGAGACUCUUGACUUAUCUUUUAAUAAUUUGUCAGGAGUCAUCCCAAAUUGUUGGACAAAUGGGACGAACAUGAUUAUUCUGAAUCUGGCGAAAAACAAUUUUACUGAAUCAAUUCCAGAUUCCUUUGGUAACCUCAUAAAUCUCCACAUGUUGAUAAUGUACAACAAUAAUCUCUCUGGAGGAAUUCCAGAGACACUAAAAAAUUGUCAAGUGAUGACUUUAUUGGAUUUACAGUCGAAUCGAUUAAGGGGGCCCAUACCAUAUUGGAUUGGUACAGACAUGCAAAUCCUAGAGGCACUUAUAUUGGGAAGGAAUUCCUUUGAUGAAAAUAUCCCAACAAAUUUAUGCCUACUUAAGUCUCUACAUAUAUUAGAUCUUUCUGACAAUCAAUUGACGGGACCAAUUCCAAGAUGUGUCUUCCCUGCAAUGGCUACCGAAGAAAGUGUAAAUGAAAAGUCCUAUAUGGAGUUUCUUACAAUUGAGGAAAGUCUUUCGAUCUAUCUAUCUAGAUCAAAGCACCCACUUCUAAUUUCAUGGAAAGGAGCUGAUCGGUCUUUCCAUAGAGGUGGACGUAUGUUUGGAUAUAUAAAAAUUAUUGACUUGUCAUCAAAUUUUUUAAAAGAAGGCAUUCCUGCUGAAAUUGGAAAGCUAGUUGAAUUGGUGGGAUUAAAUUUGUCGAGUAACCAAUUGGUGGGUUCCAUUCCUUCCAAUAUUGGUGAAAUGGAAAGCUUGGAAUGGUUGGAUUUGUCGAGUAAUCAGUUAUCAUGUGCCAUUCCCACUAGCAUGGUUAAUCUUUGUUCUCUCGGUGUUUUGAACUUAUCAUACAACACUUUGUCUGGGAAUAUCCCUAUCGGCAUUCAGAUGGAAACAUUUGACGAAUCCUCAUUCCAAGGUAAUCCACACCUUUGUGGUUCUCCACUCACAAAAGCAUGCCUAGAAGAUGGAAACAGCUGGUUCAAGGACAAACAUUGCAGUGACAUUGAAGGGAGCAUAGAACAUGAAAGUGAUGACAACCAUGAAGACAAAGUAUUGGGAAUGGAAAUAAAUCCAUUAUACAUAAGCAUGGCUAUGGGAUUUUCAACUGGAUUUUGGGUAUUUUGGGGCUCAUUAAUACUCAUUGCAUCUUGGCGACAUGCUUAUUUCCGUUUUCUAAGCAACUUGAAUGAUAAGAUCUAUGUCACUGUCGUUGUCACACUUAAUAAACUGCAGAGGAAGCUUCACACUCAACAACCUCCCAUGUAA